ACAUUUCUCUCAUUCUCAACGCCUCAAAAUCAGCUGUCAAAAAUGUCGCCUUUAUCUCUCCGUUCCCCUGACGCAGAGAAGUUUCACUUAUCGCCCGACUUUAGAGACCACGACUGCUCUUAUUCUCUGCAACUCAUCCUAUAUAAGGAAGACAUAAAUCCAUGGCCUUUCAAACCAUCACACCCAAGUGGCAACUUAAAAGAAUAAGAAGAAGAAGAUAGAACAAAUGGAAUCCAUCAUAUUUGAUCGAAGGAUGACCAAUUCUUCAAGCAAUUUAACGCCUACUGUGAUGCCUUUUCCUGUGUCGGAUGAGUUGCUCGGCACCUUUGUGCCUAUUGCUGUUUAUUGGAUAUACUCAGGCAUCUAUGUGAUGCUCGGUGAUUUGAACCAAUACAGGCUUCACACCAAGGCUGAAGAGGACAAAAAGAACGUUGUUUCAAAGAGAACCGUUGUGAAGGGCGUCCUCAUCCAGCAAGCUUUCCAAAUUGCUGUCUCCCUCCUCCUCUUCACGUUCAUGAGCGGUGACAGCGGCGUUGUCCUGCUUCAGCCUUCUCUUCCGGUGAUCGUCCUCCAAUUCAUGGUGGCCAUGGUGGUGAUGGACACGUGG